UCUUUCCCCUCACUCUGGUAAUGCUGGCAGCAUCCAUCCACAGUACACACUGUGCUGUCUCUGUUCCAGAGAGAAUAUAUCAGUUCUGCACAGGGAGGAGAGGAUUAACACAACAUCAGCUCAUCUGCGUACACAUUCAGGGAACAAAUGAGCACCCAAGGCUUCUUCUCUUUUCUAUCCAACUCCAACCAUCACAGGACUUGAGACUCUCAUCGUUGGAGCAUUGUUCAUCCAAUUCUUACUGUGGGGGCCUCUAACUUUUUGGACGGCGCUAGAAGGUUUGCUGCUUGUUCAUCUGAUUUGUCCAACCUGAGUGUCAGAAUGCCAUCCAGGGAGUCUUACGAGGUCCAGAAGGGAGAGAAGUCCCUGGUGCAGAAGGCCAAGCAGGAGGCCAACCAGCAGGACAUACUGGCAGCUGCUCUGGGGAUGAGGAUCUCAGGACCCCAGAAACCUCCAGCCACAAUCUGGCAGCCUCUCAAACUGUUUGCCUAUUCACAGCUCAACUCGCUGGUCCGCAAAGCCACGCUGAAGGACAGCAGCCUGCCGCACAAGUACGAAAAAGUCCACAACUUCAAGGUCCACACGUUCCGGGGACCUCACUGGUGUGAAUACUGUGCCAACUUCAUGUGGGGGCUGAAGGCUCAGGGAGUCAAGUGUGCAGAUUGUGGUUUGAACGUCCACAAGCAGUGCUCCACUAUGGUGCCCCGCAACUGCGUGCCAGACCUGAAACACGUCAAGAAAGUGUACAGCUGUGAGCUAACAACUCUGGUGAAAGCUCACAACACCAAGCGACCCAUGGUAGUGGACAUGUGCAUACAGGAAAUUGAAUCAAGAGGUCUGAAGUCUGAAGGGCUCUACAGGAUGUCUGGAUUCAGCGAUUCAGUCGAAGAUGUCAAGUCGGCAUUUGACAGAGAUGGUGAGAAGACAGACAUCUCUGCAAACGCUUAUGAAGAUAUCAACAUCAUCACGGGAGCACUUAAACUGUACCUCAGGGAUUUACCCAUUCCUGUCAUCUCAUACGAUGCCUACCCCAGGUUCAUUGAGGUUGCAAAGCUGGAAGACCCAGAGAAGCAGCAAGAGGCCUUCCGUGAGGCUCUGGAACUUCUGCCUGCAGCACACAGUGAAACACUGAGGUACCUCAUGGUCCAUUUAAAGAGGGUAACGUUGAAUGAGAAGGACAACCUGAUGAAUGCCGAGAACCUGGGCAUUGUUUUCGGGCCCACCCUCCUGCGUGCCCCAAACCUGGAUGCCAUGACGGCACUCAACGACAUCCGUUACCAACGGCAGGUGGUGGAGUUCCUCAUAAAAAAUGAAGACACCCUCUUCUGAAAACAUACAUCCAUUCUGCUGAGAUAUGGAAGGAAAGAGACACUUUUUUUUGUAAAACAGCUUGAUGCUGCCUAAUCACUUUUUUUGUGCGAGGACUUGAAUAGUAAGGCAUCUUUGUAUUACAUUUGUUAUAUAUCCAUUUCCACUUCUAGUGGAUUAGUGCUGAACCACACGUUUUCUUCCCCUGUAACGGGUGUGGAUGAUGAUGUACCUUAAACUUGCAUGUCUGUCUCCCCAUUUUUGUCGGGGCUUGUGUAGAACACUGAUGGACCAGACUUGGCCACGUCUUUAUUUUGUAUAGCUUUGUAGAAGUAACCCAGCAUGUGGUAAAGAUUGUGAAACAUUGUUACUCUGCUAUUAUUUGUCCUGUAGAUAGAUGUACAGUACCUCCCGCCCGGUUGCCUAUUAGGCAAUUGUUUUUGUGAAACAUUGUAUACCUGGAUGUGAAAUAGACUACUGUAUCUUCUCUGAACCUUUGUAAUGAUCUUUGACUGAUCCUGUCUUUUUUGCCUUUUCAGCUGUUUUAUAUGCAAGUCUUCUUUAGGGGAAAUGCAAAGCCUCUUUCAAUCAGAAAACAAGUAAUCAGUGUACUUUUAAAUGUUCUGUUACAUUUCCCGACAGUCAACUUUAUUGCAUUCAAACUACUACAUUUGUGCAGUUAAUGUUUUUUUAUUGUAAUAUUUGUUUACUUAAUUUGCUCAUGUACAUUUUAAUUUAUUAAACCUUGCUUUCUGAAAAUG